AUGACAGAUUCGGAGGUGCUUCGUAAAGAUCAGCUUGAAACACGACUACACAAUGAGAAGAAGUUGAUCAGCGAGGGUGCGCUCAAGGACGACAAUCCUUUAGACUUCAGUGAGGGGUUCCGUCAACUCUGUGAUGCCUGUCGGAAAGGCGAUCUGAAAGUGUGCCAGGAGAAGAUCUCGGAGGGUGUCAAUAUCAAUGCGCGAGAUAGUUAUGACUACACGCCGCUGAUUUUGGCGAGUCUGUGUGGGCAUUUUGAAGUAGUAGAGCUUCUACUAGAGUCUGGUGCUUUGUGCGAAAGAGAUACAUUUCAAGGGGAAAGAUGUUUGUAUAAUGCCCUUAAUGACCGUAUACGUAAUCUUCUACUCAAGUACGACUACUCCAAGUCCACGGAUCCUCUCCAACCGCUUGCUGCACAUAUGUCAUCACUCUUGGUGCGAGAACAUCCGCAAACAUGGGAUAUCGUCGUAUCAGACGGCGAUGAAUCGCUUUUCCUCCACAAAUUCAUUCUCGCGGCACGUUCGCCUUAUUUCCAAAAGAAACUUGCGGUGUCACCAGAAGCAACUUCUUGGAAAUUACCUAGUACAGUGCCGCCUGCAGCUUUUGGUGCAGCUAUAAGAUAUCUCUAUCUCGGCGACUCUCCGAGGGAACUACGGAGUGGCCCUGGCACUGGAUUUACUGAGUCCGAAGUUGCUGCUGGUAUAGACAAAAUUGGAAGAUAUCUUGAAAUCCCCAGACUUCUGGAUAGCAUCCUAGAUAGUGGAGACAGAAGACUGGCUAGACAGAGGAGGGCAGAUGAAAUAUCUCGCGGCCGGGACCAAUUGGAAACUUGGUUCGAGACAAACGUUCUCGGGCAUAAGAUUACCGUUGAGACAAGCAAGGCUAAAGAUGUGAAAUGGGAUCGCCAGAAUGCUAUCUUUGCAGACGUCUUACUCCAAGCGGAUGAAAUCCCAGAAGUUGGUGAAUUGGAUGCCGAUGCCCAGGAUGAUAACCGAGCAAGCUCAAUCCCUAUAGGUCCUGGUGUAGACGCAGCGGAGGCUUCUCGUGAUCAAACAUCAAUACUGUACCCUGUUCAUCGAGCAAUGCUCUUGCGUUCCGAGUUCUUCAACGCCAUGUUCUCAUCAACAUUCAAGGAAGCCCAAAUGACGGAGCAUCUCAAUAUAAUAAGUGUCGACUGCUCACCAGAAGUGCUUGAAAUUAUACUGCGAUAUUUUUACACUGAAAAGGCAGAUUUCCCGCUAAAUGUGGCGGUAGACGUCUUGUUUACUGCCGAUCAAUUAUUUAUUGAGAAACUCAAGACUAAAGCCGCGGUGGUUAUUAGCAGUUUGGGUAGCGCUAAUAUGUCUCAAGCGCAGGCAUCCAAGACCUGGCCCAAGAAAGCAAAGGGCCAGAAAUCAGAAGCUAAUGGCGUAGUGGAAGAUGAAGAUAUUGAUAUAUAUGAAAUUUUACGUGCCGCCUGGCUUACUCGGGUGCAGCGGUUAGAAGAAUUUGCCGCACGAUAUUUUGCUUAUCGGCUGGAAGAGCAUAUCGACACCGAAGAGUUUGCGGAACUAAUUCAAGAGUCUGCGGGUCGCAUCCAGAAGAGACAGGAAACGGACUCUAUUGAAUUGCUGGACGAUAUCCGGUUCUAUCUUAGCGAACGUUUCCGUUUGCGAUUCGACGAUGCUGGUCUUGCGGAAAUGAUUGAAGAAAACGCUCCUCAGAACUGGUAUCCUGACACGCAAACUAAUGGCGAACAGGCUAUUGCAGACGGUGUUGCAGAGCUGGAUAUAUCAGGCAAAGAUUCAGAAGCAAAGAAUGAGGAUACUAGCAAACCAGUCACACAGCAAGACAAUAUGGUAUUGGUUGAUCAGGGGACCGUCAUCAGGACAUUAGAUGGCGCUGUCGUCGAAGACGAGUUUGAUAAGGAUGCAAUGAAUUACCGCAUAUUGCUCGACAAGCUCGACCGCUUAUUAGAACGACUAGACUUGGAUGCAUAGUUGCGUGGAAUUAGGUGCAAUUCGCAUUUACAAAUGAUUAUAUUGUGGUAAUGUAUAUAAGUAUUGUUUUUCGAGCAUCCGCAUAUUGAAUAUUUGGCAAAACCUUUGAGAGAAUGCUAUAUUAUUACGCAUACAACAAGAUAGAAAUAUGAAUACACGUAUCUGAAAUCA